AGGCGCAGAAGCGGCGCGCCCAUCUCUGCUCAGGCACUGCCCCGGACGACCUCGGGGGCCUGAAGGACUGGGGCCGGAAGUGGCGUGCUCUCGGCUUAUCCGAGUCCCGGGCUGCCGGGCGUCGGGGCUGAGCGGCGCCGUCCGCUCUAAGGGUUCGCGGCCAACCGCUCCUUCGGGGUCCCCGCUGCCAUCUGCCCUCUGUUCUAGAGAGAAAGAGAGAAGAAGAUGGUGGGCCGGAACAGCGCCAUCGCCGCCGGCGUAUGCGGGGCCCUUUUCAUUGGGUACUGCAUUUACUUCGACCGCAAGAGACGGAGUGACCCCAAUUUCAAAAACAGGCUUCGAGAACGAAGAAAGAAACAGAAGCUUGCCAAGGAGAGAGCUGGACUUUCCAAGUUACCUGACCUUAAAGAUGCUGAAGCUGUUCAGAAAUUCUUCCUUGAAGAAAUACAGCUUGGUGAAGAGCUACUAGCUCAAGGUGAAUACGAGAAGGGUGUGGACCACCUGACAAAUGCAAUCGCUGUGUGUGGACAGCCACAGCAGUUACUGCAGGUACUGCAGCAGACUCUGCCACCGCCAGUGUUCCAGAUGCUUCUGACUAAGCUCCCGACAAUUAGUCAGAGAAUUGUAAGUGCUCAGAGCUUGGCUGAAGAUGAUGUGGAAUGAGAAACAUUCAACAUAAUAAAAUCUCAGUUUAAAAUAUUUUAAAAAUUCUUAACUCGGAAGUUGAGCAGCUCUGGGGGAAUAAGGGCACAUAUGCUUGUUACGGACUGUCCUACACUGAAAUCUACCAAAGUUAAUGUUUACUUUGUGUAGAUCCAUUUGUCUGAUUUAUUUAUAUUUCCCAGUGAAAAGUGUAUUUUGAUAGAGAGCUUUUCAUUUUAUAAAUACACUACGAGUUACUGAAAUACCAUAGGUUUUGUUUAUUUCUAAAAUAUGCAACUAAAAUGUACGUACAGUAUAACCUAACAUACAUUCACAAUACCUGGUGCUCAGUUUUGAAAGA